UCGCGGAGGCGAAGGCGGCUUCGGUGGCAGCAUGAAGCGCACCCAGACCGCGGAGGAACGAGAGCGGGAAGCUAAGAAACUGAGGCUUCUUGAGGAGCUUGAAGACACUUGGCUUCCUUAUCUGACCCCCAAAGAUGACGAGUUCUAUCAACAGUGGCAGCUGAAAUACCCUAAACUGAUUCUCCGAGAGGCUGGCAGUGUGUCCGAGGAGCUCCAUAAAGAGGUCCCUGAAGCCUUUCUCACUCUGCACAAGCAUGGCUGCUUAUUUCGGGACCUGGUUAGAAUCCAAGGCAAAGAUCUGCUCACUCCGGUAUCUCGCAUCCUCAUUGGGAAUCCAGGCUGCACCUACAAGUACUUGAACACCAGGCUGUUCACGGUGCCCUGGCCAGUGAAGGGCUCUAAUGUGAACUACACUGAAUCUGAGAUCGCUGCUGCAUGCCAGACUUUCCUGAAGCUUAAUCACUACCUUCAGGUAGAGACCAUCCAGGCUUUAGAAGAACUUGCUGUCAAAGAAAAGGCCAAUGAAGAUGCUGUGCCAGUGUGCAUAGCAGAGUUCCCCAGGGUUGGCAUGGGGUCAUCCUAUGACGAUGAAGUGGACGUUAAGAGCAGAGCGGCCUAUAAUGUCACUUUGCUGAAUUUCAUGGAUCCUCAGAAAAUGCCAUACCUGAAAGAGGAGCCUUAUUUUGGCAUGGGGAAAAUGGCAGUAAGCUGGCAUCAUGAUGAAAACUUGGUGGACAGGUCAGCGGUGGCAGUGUACAGUUACAGCUGUGAAGGUUCUGAUGAAGAAAGUGAGGAGGAUUCUAACCUCGAAGGCAGAGACCCUGAUACUUGGCAUGUUGGUUUUAAGAUCUCAUGGGACAUAGAGACACCGGGUUUGGCAAUACCUCUUCACCAAGGAGACUGCUAUUUCAUGCUUGGUAAUGUUAAAGAAUCAAAACUAUCUUGAUGCUCUUCUGUCUUAAGCUUAGA